GGGCCGGGCGUCCCCUCGGGCCGCGCCUCGGUGCUGGGCCCGGAGCUCGGCUCCGCGGAGCCCGGCGUCCCCGGGAAGCCGCUGCCCAAAGCCGAGUCCAGCGACCAUAUCUCGGCCUGGGCGGCCCCCCGCGCUGCGGGGCUGCCCAAGGCCGUGUCCAGCGAGUUCCUGUCCGCCGGGCGCGUCGGGCUGGGCAAGGCCGUAGCCCUCGCCAAGCCGGAGCCCGAGGAUCUGCCCCUGUUCGGGAGGUGCGGGGCGUCCCUCAGCCCUACGAGUGCCGGCGGAUCCUCCGAUGCUCUCCUGGGCUGCUCGGGGACGGCCGCGGAGGACGGAGCGUUCCGCAUCACGGUGGUCACCUGGAACGUGGGCACAGCCAUGCCCCCCAGUGAUGUGACGUCGCUGUUGCAUCUCAACACGGGCGAGACGAAUGAUGCAGACAUGAUCGCCAUUGGGCUGCAGGAGGUGAACUCCAAGAUAAACAAGCGCCUGAAGGACGCCCUGUUCACAGAUCAGUGGAGUGAGCUCUUCAUGGAUGUCCUGAGCCCCUUCCACUUCGUGUUGGUCAGCACAGUGCGGAUGCAAGGUGUGAUCCUGCUGGUGUUUGCCAAGUACUACCACCUCCCCUUCCUGCAGGACAUCCAGACAGACUGCACUAGGACAGGGCUGGGCGGCUACUGGGGCAACAAAGGAGGGGUGAGCGUCCGUCUCUCCAUCUUCGGGCACAUGGUGUGCUUCCUGAACUGCCACCUGCCAGCGCACCUGGAGAAGGCGGAGCAGCGCAAGGAGGACUUUGCCACCAUCCUGCACAUGCAGCAGUUUGAGGGAAGGGCAGCCAGUGGCAUCCUGGACCAUGACCUCGUCUUCUGGUUUGGGGACCUCAAUUUUCGCAUCGAGAGCCUCGACAUCCGCUUCGUCAAGUACGCCAUUGACAGCAACAUCCUGAGCCAGCUCUGGGAGAAGGACCAGCUGAACAUUGCCAAAAGCACCUGGCCUGUCCUGAGCGGCUUUCAGGAGGGACCCCUCAACUUCCCCCCCACAUUCAAGUUUGAUGUGGGAACCAACAAGUACGACAGCAG